GAUCCAGUCCAUCCUCCAUAGAUCUUUGGCAUGUCCCAACGAGACAUGCAGCAAGUGAAUGUUCCGACGCCGUAUCCGCCUCCAGUUCUUGGGAACGAGCAAGUUGCUCUUGAUUCUCCAAUUUCUCAACCAUAUGAGGUGUUAUGGGCGCUGGCAGAAUAUUACCUGAAAACCGCCACGUCCCUCGUCGCUGCCAAUUACCCUGAGAAAGAAGAAACCACAACGUCCAUUUAUACCCACGUUGUAGCGGCUGUCCGCUGCCUCGAAGCCGUCUUGGUAUCUGGUGUGCUUCCCCUGAAAGUCGAAGUAAAGACCCGGUAUCGGCUUGCACAGAUUCUGUUGGCCCACACGUUCAAUUUGCCGGAAGCCGAUACACAUUUGCAGAAAGCGAUCUUGCUAAUACAGAAGACUAGCGAUGAGCAAAUGCUCGAGUUCCGAUUUAUUAUUAAAGACUUGCAAUGUGAAAUUUACCAAGCUGAUCCAAGUGGCUCGGGUGGGAAAACUGUGAAAAAUGUGUUAAAACAGGCAGCCGCUGACGCUUUACGGUUGGGUAUGCCACGAUGGUAUUACCAUUUCAUUCAACGACGAGCGGAAUUACACGCUAGAGAAGGCGAUAUCAAACUUUGCUUUUCUGUUUUAAUGUCAGGAGCCGAGGAAGCAGGAAAACGGGGUGACGUUGACAUGAAAGCCGUUUUGCUACUGUUCCUUGCUCACCACACGUUAAUGGCUCGCCACGAUAUGCUCACUCAAGAUGCGAUUUCACAGCUGCAGCAGCUUGUCGAACCACAGGUGCCUGCCGAUAUCGGUUACAGCAACGAUACAUCUAUGCCACCUGUCACAGAUAACGGCACGGCACUUGUCUCGCAUGGGCACCUCCGUUUAUACUAUUCCCUUAUCCUUAUCAUCCAUCUCAUCCACCUCGGAAAAGCGAAGGACGCUUUGAACCGAUUAACAGCACUGCAUGCUCUCGUCGAGCAUCCUAGCAUGUCAGCAAACGUGGAAAUUGAUAAGGGAUUAGCCACUGUUACAGUUCGAAGAGGAGAUAGCUUUGAUACAGUACCAGUUACAUUGCAUUCACGAAACAAACUUUAUGCGCUGGUAUUCUUGGUUUCUGGCAUCGCCCACAAACUGAACGAUAACUUUAAAGCAAAGAAGCACUUUCUGGAAGGGAUAAAGACAAUAGAGAAGGAACUAGGAAACAUUUCCACUGAAACUGGAAGCGUGCAAGAAAUGGUGGAAGCACGACAAUGGCUUGCGGAAACCAAGGUCGUCCUUCUGCGACAUUUUGCCGAGGUUGGAAUUGUGAGGGGCGAAUUCUGCGAUGUUUUUCGCUUUAUGACCAAGUUGGUCGAAUGGUGCUCAGCAGAUGCUGUGCUAUGGCGAAAGUACCAGCCCAUCGUAUCGCUGGAUUGGGGAAUGUUCUAUCAAGCAAUCGGGCAGUACGCAAGGGCUGAAUGGUGGUUGAAGAGCGCCGCGGAGGGCAACGAUGCGAAUGUGCGUCACAUUGCCAAGAUUCAUCUCAUUUUGUUGUACUUUACGGAAACCAUUGGCGAUCGCUCUAUGGGAGCUGCGAUGCUGGAGGAUUUGGACCGUGAGCAGGAGAGCGGCCAAAGUCUCUCGGAUGGACAGCGAGCCUUGCUUGGGACGGUCAAAGGUGUUAGCCAUAUGAUCAAUAAAGACAUUCGACAAACCAAGCUACAUCUGUUAGAAUCGAUCAAAAUCUGCGAAACCCUUUCCUGUACCCAACUCCGAUUUAUCAAUGUCGCACUUCUUGGCGAGCUAUUCUCCAAUGUCGACUCAAUGCAAGCUGAAAAGAUGGUAGCGACCGCCUACAUUAUGGCAAAAAAGUCCCAUUGCGAGUCCUUUGCACUGGUUUGUGCUCGCGUGCUAAUCGAAAUAUAUCAACGCAGAGGUGACAAGGAGAAAGAAGAGAAGUAUAGAACAAUGGCUGAGGGACACAAAGAAAAGGUAGAAAAAGCCUAUAUGGAUGUAUGGAAGAUGGUGGAGGAUGCCGAGCGGGCCUCGGCAGCGGCUACUGUAACGUCGCAGGCGACGUGAUUGGCAACAGCGGAUAGGCACUAUCUUCCUUUUAUAUUUUUAAUGUACCCAUGUAAAUACAAUUGUGCAUUAUACCC